GUAACUUACAUCUGGUACAUGAAAGAAUCUCAUUAAUAUUAGAAAAUCAGUAUAAUGAGAUAAAAGCAAUGGUUGCAAAAGAUAAAACUCAGGUUUCUCAUGAACAAAAUAUCCUAUUUUAUGCUGAAUUAAUUACUAAGAUAUCAUCAUAUGCUUUAAAGAAGGAGCAUGAACAAUUUGAUAAAGUUUUACAUGCAUUCCCUGUUAACCCUCUUGAAUCAUACACUAGUAUUUUCACUAUGACUAUGGGUCUUCUAUACGCACAUACUAUUCAGGAAUGUCUUGGAUACAGAAAGCUCAUCAUCACAACUACUGCAAGAAUCCAUCAACGAUAUGUUUCUUUGUUAUCUUCUCAACAACAUACAAGAGGAUGGCCUGUUGGUUCAGAAAAUAAAGCUCAAUCUUUGACUAAAAGAAAUCUAUCAACAUUUGAGUCAGAGAAAGCUAGAAUGAAUAGAAGAAAAUGUGGUGUAUGCAAGAAAGUUGGCUAUAAUAGUAGAAUCUGUCCUGACCGUGUAGUAGAUAUGUAUUAA